AUGUUUUCUAUUUGUCGUCAAACUCACCCCGCUACGGGUAUUGAGCACGCUAUUAGCUGCUGUUUCUUUAAUAAUGAUGAAGUAUGCCUGAUCACUGCAGGAGCUAAUAUAAUAAAGGUUUUCAGGCUUUUGCCUGAGGGCCACGCAAAAGAGGUUAAUGCCGCCGGUCAACCAAUUCCACCUAAAAUGAAACUAGAAUGCCUAGCUUCAUACACUCUCUGGGGCAAUGUGAUGUCAAUAGCAUCAGUGAAAUGUCCGAGCGCUGGUCGUGAUUUACUGCUUGUAUCAUUCAAGGAGGCAAAGUUAUCUGUAGUACAAUAUGAUCCACAAGUUAAUAAUCUCAUUACACUUAGUAUGCAUUACUUUGAAGAAGAUGACAUGAAGGGAGGAUGGACAACUCAUCCUCAUAUACCUUGGAUAAGAGUGGACCCAGAAUUUAGAUGUGCAGUCAUGUUAUUGUAUGGAAGGAAAUUAGCAGUGUUGCCGUUCAGGAAAGAUAUUACCUCGGAAGAAGGCGACCCUUUGGAGGCUAAGCCAUUAGAUUGUAAGAAAAAUCAACCAAUACAAACCAUGUCUCGAGCUCCGACACUAGCUUCUUAUGUGAUAAUAUUGAAAGAACUCGAUGAAAAAAUAGACAAUAUAUUGGACAUACAGUUUCUGUAUGGUUACUAUGAACCUACUUUGUUGUUAUUAUACGAACCAGUCAGAACAUUUGCUGGACGUACAGCGGUUCGUAACGAUACUUGCGCUAUGGCUGGCGUGAGUCUGAAUAUGUCAGCGAGAGUACACCCUGUUAUAUGGUCUAUAGGGGGAUUGCCGUUUGAUUGUAUACAGGCUGUUCCGAUACAGAAACCUUUAGGUGGUUGUUUAAUAAUGGCUGUGAAUUCUUUGAUAUAUUUGAAUCAAUCCGUGCCGCCCUAUGGAGUCUCUCUAAACAGUAUUGCCACUCAUACAACGAAUUUUCCUCUACGUAUUCAAGAAGGCGUCUGUAUAACACUAGAUGGCGCUAGAGUGGUAGCUUUAGGCGAAACUCGGUUAUCGCUCGCGCUGAAAGGUGGUCAGCUAUACGUAUUAACAUUACUGUCAGAUUCAGUGAGAAGUGUACGAAGCUUUCAUCUUGAUAGAGCGGCGGCAUCUGUAUUGACGUCAUGUAUGUGUGUAAUUGAAGAAGAUUUUCUAUUUCUUGGAUCAAGACUUGGAAAUUCUUUACUAUUAAGAGUCACUGAGAGGGAAAAUAGAAUGUUGUUCUCAGUCGACAAACCUUUAGAAGCUACGGUUGAUCUUACACUGUCUGAAACUGAAAAAGAUAAAGAACCAUUGCCAAAGGAACCCCAAAAAGAAAUAUCCGAUCCACAGGCGAAGAAACGUCGUUUGGAUACUAUUAGUGAUUGUGUGGCGACUAACGUGGUGGAAAUAUCUGAUAAAGAUGAACUUGAAGUAUACGGCUCUGACAUACGGACAUCCACUCAACUUACUAGCUAUGUGUUCGAGGUAUGUGAUUCCCUGUUGAACAUUUGUCCUAUCGGCGACGUGUCUAUGGGAGAGCUUCAGUUAGUUUCUGAAGAAGGGGCAAGCCGAAGGUCGAGACCGGCCCUUGAACUAGUCGCAUGCAGCGGACGAGGCAAAAACGGAGCUCUGGCUGUAUUACAACGAUCACUUACACCGCAACUACUAACAGCCUUCGAUCUACCAGGUUGUAUCGACAUGUGGACUGUAAUCGGCGAAGCGACGGAAAUCAACAGAGAAGCACACAAAGAUAUGGAAGGCAGCCACGCUUACUUAAUAUUAACACAAGAAGAUUCUAGUAUGAUUCUUCAAACUGGUCAAGAAAUUAAUGAAGUGGAUAAUUCAGGUUUCAUGACUACCGCCCCCACUGUGUUCGCGGGGAAUUUAGGAAACAAUAAGUUCAUGGUCCAAGUUACUACUACAGUGAUAAGACUUGUGAGAAAUGGCGUAUUGGUUCAAUCUAUCACGUUAGAGUGGACUGCUCGCAGCGCGUGUACGGCCGAUCCCUACUUGUGCGUGGUGUCAACUUGCGGGAGGGCGUUAGUACUCGCGUUGAGAGAACUAAGAGCUAAGGACGCUACGUCAGCUCGACUCGCGCCAACAAGACAGGCCGUGCCUCAUAGACCGGCGUUAUUAAAAGCUGUUCCUUAUAGAGAUUUAAGUGGGUUAUUCACUAGCACAGACGACAAUAUACAGGUUAAAGGUGAAUUCACAGGUAAAAUAAAAGAGAAAAAUAUUAAAGCUGAAGGUUUCAAAGCUGAUACAGUGUAUGAAUUGAAUGAUGAAGAUGAACUAUUGUAUGGAGGAGAUCAAACACCGGCUUCUAUGGCUAGUAUAAUGUUAGCUGAACAAUCCCACACUAUGGGGGUUCCCCGGCGCGUGAGUCGCUGGUGGCGCCGCCUGUUGGCGGAUGUUAGAGUCACGUACUGGUUGUUCGUUGUGAGAGACAACGGCAACCUAGAAAUAUAUUCGCUACCAGAGAUGAAACUAAGCUUCUUAGUUAGGGAUGUGUGUGCAGGUGAAAGGGUAGGUGGCAAUCACAUAUAUGAACCUUUUCAUAUUUUAGCUGAUAGCUUAGAAUCCGUUCCUCUACCGAAUCAAACAGAGGAAGAUGAAUUCAACACAGGGCAUAGUAGUAACGCGGAGAGACUUCAAGAAAUCCUAGUUGUUGGUUUGGGACAUAAAGGGUCGAGGGUGCUCAUGUUGUUGAGGUGUGAUGACGAUCAGCUCAUGAUAUAUCAGGCCUACAAGUAUCCCAGGGGUAAUCUCCGCAUGCGUUUCUCUCGUAUGUCGUUGUCGUUCCCGUUCGGUUAUCGUAGCGGUGUCGUGUCGUGUCCGGAAGACAGUUAUGAGGCGUCAACCUUACGUGAAGGAGUGAGACAGUUGAGGUAUUUUGGUAAUGUCGGUGGAUACAGCGGUGUGUUUGUAUGCGGUCGGACCCCUUAUAUGUUAGUGUUGGGUUCUCGAGGUGAACUCCGCAUACAUCCUUUAUCGGACCACGCAGCAACCUUCGCGUCAUUCAACAACACCAACUGCCCUCAAGGCUUCAUGUAUUUCAACGACAAGGGUUCGUUGCGUAUCUGUGCGUUACCCACUCAUCUAUCUUUCGAGGCGUCGUGGGCUGUGAGGAAGGUGCCAUUACGUGAGACUCCUCACGCUGUGACAUUCCAUUUGGAGUCGAGGACAUAUUGUCUAGUUUCAUCUGUGUCUCAAUCAACACACUCAUAUUAUAAAUUCAAUGGAGAGGAUAAAGAAAAAUCUAAUGAAAAUAAAGGCGAUAGGUUUCCCUAUCCUAUGAUGGAGCGUUUCUCUAUAAUGUUGUUUUCGCCUGUAUCAUGGGAAGUUAUACCCAACACACGGAUAGAAUUGGAUGAAUGGGAACAUGUUACGUGUUUGAAGAACGUGUCACUUUCAUAUGAAGGCACCAGGUCCGGUCUCCGUGGGUACAUUGCUAUCGGAACAAAUUAUAAUUACGGAGAGGAUAUUACUUCUAGAGGAAGGAUUUUAAUCUACGAUAUAAUAGAUGUUGUACCAGAGCCGGGCCAGCCGUUGACCAAGAAUAGGUUUAAGGAAAUAUACGCGAAAGAACAGAAGGGUCCCGUGACAGCUCUCACACAAGUUUUAGGGUUCCUUAUAUCGGCUGUGGGUCAAAAGAUAUAUCUCUGGCAAUUAAAGGACAAUGACCUCGUCGGCGUAGCGUUCAUUGACACCCAAAUUUACGUACACAGAAUGUUGGCUGUUAAAAAUUUGAUAUUAGUAGCUGAUGUUUACAAAUCAAUAUCGCUAUUAAGAUACCAACAUCAACAUAGGACAUUGUCAUUGGUAUCGAGAGAUCUUAGAACGGCUCAGAUAUAUGACAUGCAGUUUAUGAUAGACAACACGAGUCUAGGUUUCUUAGUGAGUGAGUCAGAAGGUAACUUUGCUAUGUACAUGCAUCAACCUCAAGCGAGAGAGAGUUAUGGAGGUCAACGCCUGAUUCGUAAAUGUGAUUACCACCUUGGACAAAGAGUACACGCAAUGUUUCGUUUAGCAGCUAGAGGGGAGAGACAAACACACGUUACUAUGUUCACAACCCUCGACGGUGGAGUAGGCUACGUGUUGCCUGUCUCGGAGAAGGUGUAUCGAAGAUUACUGAUGUUGCAGAACGUAAUAAACAACUACUGCUGCCAUCUAGCGGGACUCAAUCCUAAAGCUUAUAGGACGUACAAGGUGUCUCGUCGCGCUGUAUGCGGCGGGGCGGCGCGGGGAGUGUUGGACGGAGAUCUAGUGUCAUUGUACACGAGCAUGCCACGGACGGAACAACAAGAUAUCGCGAGAAAAAUUGGUACAAAAGUUGAAGAGAUAAUGUCAGAUCUGUAUGAAAUAGACAGACAGACGGCUCACUUUUAA